ACGUCCCUCGUGGAGCCGUCGACGUCACAGCCGAAUGGCAACAUUGUGGCGAUGCUGAGACGCCGAGUUUAGGAGUCUGGUCUCGGGUUCCCGCGGGCUCGGCGCGGUCGGCGGGAGGCAGAGCAGCGGCGGCGGGGAGGUCGGCCCCAGCGAGCGGCGGACGGGACGCGCGCCUCAGCGCCUCACGCAGCCCCGCGGCCUCGCGCAGGCCGGCCCGGCGGCCCAGGGCCCCGCGCUGCCGCAGCGAGCGGCUUGUAAACAGAUCCGGCCGCACGUGACCAUGUGAACUACCUGCUCCGGGCCGCGUAUUGUCUCUUCCGAGCGCCGCGCCACAAAGGAGCCGGCGGGAGAGCGGCCCGAGCGCUAAGAUGGCUGAAGGCGCCCGGCAAGGGUGAGCUGGGGGCGCGGCCACCGCGGGGACUCGGCCGGGGACUGGAGCUACCAUGUCGUUCGCGCUGGAGGAGACGCUCGAGUCCGACUGGGUGGCGGUGCGGCCCCACGUCUUCGACGAGCGCGAGAAGCACAAGUUCGUGUUCAUUGUGGCCUGGAACGAGAUCGAAGGCAAGUUUGCCAUAACCUGCCACAACCGGACGGCCCAGAGACAGAGGAGCGGCUCCCGGGAACAGGCGGGGGCUCCAGCGCCGGAUGGGAGUCGCGGGCCUGGCAGCCCGGCCACCAGGGGUCGGCCCGAGGCCGCUGCCUCUGCCACGGCGGUCCGGAGCCCCGGGCCGCGCAAGAGCCCGGCCUGGGCCGAGGGUGGCUCUUCUCCGCGCAGCGCGCGCAGCACGAGGGGGGAUCCUCCCCGGGGUCCGGCCGGCAAAGGACCCGAGAGUCCCCUCCGUAGCCCCGCGCGGGCCAAGGCCAGCCCGCUUCGCAGAGGCGCGGAGUCCCGAGAUGCGGCCGCCGCCACGCCAGCCUCCACGGCGUCCCCGGUGUCGUCGGUGCGGGUGGUGAGUGCCUCCGGGGCGGUCUCCGAGGAGAUCGAGGUGCUGGAAAUGGUGAGGGAGGACGAGGCGCCACCGCCGCUCCCCGACUCGGAGCCUCCGCCGUCCGCCGCGGAGCUGGAGUCCCCCGCUGAAGAGUGCAGCUGGGCCGGGCUCUUCUCCUUCCAGGAUCUGCGGGCCGUGCACCAGCAGCUGUGCUCUGUGAACUCCCAGCUGGAGCCGUGUCUACCGGUGUUCCCCGAAGAGCCGUCCGGCAUGUGGACGGUGCUGUUCGGGGGCGCCCCCGAGAUGACCGAGCAGGAGAUAGACGCGCUGUGUUACCAGCUCCAGGUCUACCUGGGCCACGGCCUGGACACGUGCGGCUGGAAGAUCCUCUCCCAGGUGCUCUUCACCGAGACCGAUGAUCCCGAGGAGUAUUACGAAAGCCUCAGCGAGCUGCGGCAGAAGGGCUACGAAGAGGUGCUUCAGCGGGCGAGGAAGCGCAUCCAGGAGCUCUUGGACAAGCACAAGACUAUAGAGAGCAUGGUGGAGCUUUUGGACUUAUAUCAGAUGGAGGAUGAAGCCUACAGCUGUCUUGCAGAGGCUACAACUGAACUCUACCAGUAUUUACUUCAGCCAUUCCGAGACAUGCGAGAGCUUGCCAUGCUGCGAAGACAACAGAUCAAGAUUUCCAUGGAGAAUGAUUAUCUGGGACCUCGAAGAAUUGAGAGUCUACAAAAAGAGGAUGCUGACUGGCAGCGAAAAGCUCACAUGGCUGUGUUGUCUAUUCAGGAUCUCACGGUCAAAUACUUUGAAAUAACAGCUAAAGCUCAGAAAGCUGUGUAUGAUCGGAUGCGAGCAGAUCAGAAGAAAUUUGGCAAAGCAUCAUGGGCAGCAGCUGCAGAACGCAUGGAAAAACUCCAGUAUGCAGUUUCUAAGGAGACUUUGCAGAUGAUGAGAGCUAAAGAAAUUUGUCUGGAACAGAAGAAACAUGCACUGAAGGAAGAGAUGCAAAGUUUACAGGGCGGUACAGAAGCUAUAGCUCAGUUGGAUCAGCUAGAGGCUGACUACUAUGAUCUGCAGCUUCAGCUGUAUGAAGUACAGUUUGAAAUCUUGAAGUGUGAAGAAUUACUAUUGACUGCACAACUGGAGAGCAUCAAAAGACUUAUAUCAGAAAAGAGAGAUGAAGUGGUGUACUACGACACUUAUGAAAGCAUGGAAGCCAUGCUGGAGAAGGAAGAGAUGGUGGCGUCUGUGCAUGCGCAGAGGGAGGAGCUCCAGAAACUGCAGCAGAAGGCUCGACAGCUGGAAGCAAGAAGGGGGCGGGUCUCAGCCAAGAAAGCCUACCUCAGAAACAAAAAGGAAAUUUGUAUUGCAAAACACAAUGAAAAGUUCCAGCAGCGUUUUCAGAGUGAAGAUGAGUAUAGAGCCCAUCACACAGCACAACUAAAGAGAGAAAAAUUACAUGAUGAAGAGGAAAGAAAAAGUGCCUGGGUUAGCCAAGAGAGACAGAGGACCUUGGAUAGACUUCGGACAUUUAAGCAGAGGUACCCUGGGCAGGUCACCCUUAAAUCAACCAGACUAAGAGCAGCUCAUGGCAGAAGAAGAAGUCCAGCGAGUCCCGUGCCCUGUGACCAGCAGUGUGCCUCUCUAGCAGGAGAGCCGCAAGGAGAGGAGGAGAAGGCUGAGGUUGGGGAAGGAAGAAGCCAGCAUGAGUCUUCAGAGGCGGCGGAGCCCCGGAGCCUUGCCCAUCCUGAAGGCUCUUCAUCAGGACAACUUGAAGCCACUUCAUUACCUCCCAGUGCCGUUACCUCUGGACUGCCUCCCCCGCCAUCACUUCCCCCUUUGACCAGUAAUGACCUCAAACCGUGUCCUGCUACAGUGGAUCCACUUCCACCCCCUCUUCCUCCGCCCCCGCCCCCACCCCCACCCCCGCCCCCGCCCCCACCUCUGCCUGUUGCAAGGGACAAUGGUGCCACCACCACUUCAGAGACACUGGAGAAAGACGCACUUAGAAAGGAGGGCAGCGAGAAGAGGAUCCCAAAGUCAGCCAGCGCCCCGUCAGCACAGCUCUUUGACAGCAGCCAGCUGGUCAGCGCCCGGAAGAAGCUCCGGAAGACUGCUGAAGGGUUACAGAGGAGGAGAGUGAGUUCACCCAUGGAUGAAGUGUUAGCAUCUUUGAAGCGUGGUAGUUUUCAUCUGAAAAAGGUUGAACAGCGGACUCUGCCUCCUUUUCCUGAUGAAGAUGAUAGUAAUAAUAUCUUGGCACAGAUAAGGAAAGGGGUGAAAUUGAAGAAGGUUCAGAAGGAGGUUUUGAGAGAAUCCUUCACACUCCUGCCUGACACAGACCCUCUGACGCGGAGCAUCCAUGAAGCACUAAGAAGAAUUAAAGAAGCAUCCCCAGAGUCGGAGGAGGAGGAUGAAGCUUUACCUUGCACAGACUGGGAGAACUAGCAGGUGACUUAACAGAAAGAAGAAAAUUCCCGUGAAUGAAGACUGGGUCUGAUUCUUUUUGGGGAAAAGUUUAAGCUCUUGGUCCCAUAUUGGAUUCCAUUAGACCCUGAGUAUAUUGGCAAAGUGAUGUGGAAACAAGGAGGCGCAAUCGGAGGACAUUACUGUUGAGUCGCUCUCACUGGUAGUGCUGACGUCAGUUUUAUAUGUGCAAUGCUCCUGACUGCCGUGAGAAGGCUUCCUGAAGACGCCUGUCUAACACACCUUCCCUUCCCGUCUGCCCAUCCGUGAUCUCACAGUGGCCAGUCACACUAGGGGUCACUAUGAACUAGAAGAACACUGGGUUGGCAGAGUUGUACUCUGUGAGCUACUUUGGGAUUCAUCUUUCAGUGAACUGAGAAGAUACUUGCUGAAGCAGCUGCUCCCACGUCAGCUUCUAGAAUAGAGUGACAUGCUACAGAGGACACUUGUCAUAGCACUUACAGUCAGGAAUUAAAAGGAAACAACAUGGAAUACACUUAAGAUUUCCACAUUUUCCAUCUCCAGAGAUGUUCAGUAUCUGAGAAGCUAAUGGAGAUAAACCCAUUAAUGUGUGCACCAAACAUUUUUUAGAGGCCAUCGUCUUACAUUUUGUAAGAGUUUGAAGUUAAAAUUUCCAUGCCUUUAAAAUAGUGUUUCAUAAUUCUAAAUUUAGAAUAGUUUGAAUUUUAUGUGCACCGUUUAUGAGAAACAAUGCUUCAUAGUUUGAUAAUGUUUCAAAUUAUUUUUAGUCUUUUUGUUUGAACUACUGCUUGAUUACUAUAACUCAUGACUUUCCUAUUGAAUCAAAAUGAGGAUUCAACAGUAGGGAUACAGAUUUACGACUCUUUACAUCAUGCACCAGUUUUAAGUUUUUAUUGUUGUGCUCCAUGGUGAAGAGCCUGUGCUCAGUAAAGGUCCACAAGACAGCCAUUCCCAAAAGCUUCCCACUGGCAUUCACUAUUUUCUUAGGAUUUGGAUGGGCUUUAGGGGAGCACUUGUUGCUGUCACUAAAUCUUUAAACUUAGAUACUUAGGUCGAGUGCUGACUUAGGUGUAUCUUAAAGGGUUCAUUUAUGAGUGGAGCUGGCAUGCUUGUCAGUGGGAUUGUGUGGACAUGCAUGAGGGGAGAUGGCUGGGCCGCUUUCAGCACAUUGCAGUGUGUGCUGAUGAUGAAGAUAGAUCUUGGCUUUAUAUGGAGGAAUUAAAAUACCAAAAAGGACUUCAUCCCUAGAGAGUUCUUCCCCAGCUUAGCCCAGAAACCAUCCUCGAGUGAAAGCACCUCAUGUCCACCACUGGUUUCCUCUAGGAACACAGCUACUUUUCUUGUCAUUUUUAAGAGAUAUUUUUCUUUAAAUUAAUUAUGGGGAAAAAAGUCUGUCGAUGGGUUAAAGUAAACCAAAUCUUUGCACUUAAGUAUCCGUACCAUCUUUAUUGAUGAGACUGUCAGCUUUUGUAGCAUUUUAUUUAUAUAUUGGUUUCAGUCCUAGCACAAUUCCCAUAUCUUCUCUGGGACAAUUAAAACAGCCCUGAUAUACAAACCUCACCCCAAGAUGAUAAUGUGGGUCCUGUAUACCCCAGUAAAGCAUCAGCAUGUGUUGAACCCCAAGAGUCAUUAGCUAGAUAAAAAAAAUUAGAAAAGUUGCACAGUUCACAAGCUUCCUAAAAAUUGCCCAUCACUUAUACACUUCCAAUAUUAAAGAUCCACGUAUCAGUGUUAUAUUCAUCCUGUGUUUUUAUUUAUUUACUUUUGAGACCAGGUCUUGUUCCGGAGCCCUUGCCGUGCAGACUGGAUUUGCAGCCGCCUCCUGCCUUUUCCCUCUCCAGUGCUGGGAUUGAGCUGGUGUCAAGGUGCCUGGCUCCAUUUUUUCCUGUCUUUAAAGAUUCUUUUUUUUUUUUUUUUAAUUAUGUAUGUUUCCAGAGGCUCUUGCCUGGAGCUAGAUUUACAGAUCCCUCACAUGGGUGCUGGGAAUCACACUUAAGUCCUCUGAAGGAGCCAUUCAUGCUCCUAACCCUUGAGCUAUUUCUCCAGCCCAUUUUUCUUUUAAACUUUAGGAAAAUAUGACAUAUAAUGUUCAAUUAGCAGUAGCCAUUGUGUUGUAAUCAGUCUUAGCACCAAACUCCUGGCCUUUUUAGAUGGGGACCACAGCAGCUCUUGGCUCACCUGUCAUAGCUCUCCAGGAAUGACUUUAUUCUUGACAAUCCCCGGCUAGAGCACCGGGACCCUUCAGCCCAUUUUCAAGCAAAUGGUUUUCUCCCAGCAUGCUGGCUUUCCUGCCUCAAGAUUCUAGUUCUUGUACUGGAAUGUGGCUCAGGAGUACGGUUCAAGGCUUAUGUUCCAUCUGUAGCAUUGCCUCCUAACCCCCAAGAAAAUACUUCUACUUGAUAAAAUCACACCCCAUUGGAGUUAUCCACAAUAAUUUAAAAUUAGUAUACAGGUAUUCAAUAAAUCACUAGAUUCAGAGCCCCAGAAAAAUAGCAAUAAGUAUGGUUUUUUGUUUGUUUGUUUGUUUGUUUUCCUCUUCUAUUUUAGUUCCCUAGACAAUAAAACAAGGACCUUUGGCUUAAUAUUGGAAGAAGUCAGUAGACCAGAAGUGAUGAGCUCUGGCCUUCAUAGUACAGCCAUAUGUUUAGUUAUCAUGGCACUCACAGUCAAUGCUUCUACAGUUACCCCUACUGUGUCAUUCAGUAUCCACAGACCCUGCUUGUUUGUGCUGUUCCCAAAUACUGUAUAUUGAAGACAGGAAACAAGUAGAUGACUUGGGGAUGCUUAACUUAGUGUUAUCAUUCAUAUUGGAAUGUCAAUUUCAAAUAUUCAAAUACAACCGAAAUUGUUUAAUAGCCAAUGUAAUAUGUAUACAGAAAGGUAUCUCUGAUGAUUUAAAGUCCUAAUUGUAUUUUAGCAGUAAGAAAUUGCUGGAGAACGAGGACUUUAGGAGAUAAGCAAUGACCUUAUUUCAGGAUUGCUUUACAGGGGGUAUGGAGUUCAGAAAAACAAUCAUUCCUUAGCUGUUCAUUGCACUUAAACUUUUUUUCCCUGAGACAGACAGUAGCCCUGACUGUCCUGGAACUCACUCUGCAGAACCAGGCUGGCAUUGAACUCAGAGAUCCACCUCCCUCUGCUUCUUUGAGUACUGGGACUAUAGAUUUGCACCAUGACACGUCAUACCAAUUUCAUUUUUAAAAAAGACACUGGUGUGGUGGCCUUUUUUGUAAUGAACACUCACUAGUCUACCAUGUGUUUGGAGGUUUCUUUUCUACAAAUCUGAAUGUAGAACGAUACUUGGUACCACAGUAUGUCCUAAAUUGUACAAUGUAUCAUAGACACCCCACACUAAGAAUUUGAAGUCCAGUAGGAUGCAGCCUCACAGGCAGCAUCCAUGUUGCACAGACACACACAUUGAUGCAGUUGCAUUCUCUAUACUCCCUGAGACUUCUUUUUGGGACUCAUUCACAGGAUGCAUUUGUAUUUAUUUAAAUCAGUGCUUUUAGUCUAGCUUUGUAAUAUGCUCAUCACCAGAAACCAAUCUGCAUAGUGACUUUGGGUCUUUAGCAGACCUGUCAGGGAGUUUUGAGGUUAUAUUUUUACCAGGUAAAAGAGAAUAACUAAGAAAUUCUGACCAACUGCAGAACAUUGCAGACAGCUGCAGAUAGCUUAAGACAGCCAUUUGACGGGAAGUGGAGACUUUAGCUUUUGUUCAUUUUUGCACUGAAUAUAAAUGAUUAUAUAAUACUAAAUGUGCAUAUUGAACACUUUACUUGUGCGUGGCAAUGCCAGUGACCAUCGAGACUUGUUUUAGGUGGAAGGGAAGGGUGAGGGAGUAGAAGCACCUUACUCUUGAGCAUAUAACAUUAUGUCUUCUACUGAACACCCAUAGUCAUGCCUGAACUUCCCUUUUUUGUUAAAGCACAUUAAAAUUCUGCCUAAUUGCUUUGGAAAGUGAAGCAAUGAUAUUUUUUAUCCUAUAAAUAUAAUGUAACUUAAAAAGUUUUCAUACAAAAUGAGUUUAUAUCCUUGUCUAAUCUGUCAUGUAUUUAAACAGAGGCUUUUAACAGUGGGAGGCACAGAGAGCGAGAGAGAAUGUGUGUCUACUAAAUGUUCCUUGAGUUAUGUUAAAGAUGCUAUUAUUUUAAAUUUUCAUUUUGCCCACAGCAAACACACAAGUUGGCAUUUGUAGAACUGAAUUCCCGAAUUUAGAAACGUCCCCUCUCUUCAAAGCACAUUUACAGGGUUACUCCAAGGUGCAGGUACAGCAAAUACCUCUGAGUUGAUAUGCUAAGCAUUUGUGAUUGCUGUUUCACACAGACCCUAAAGCAAUCAUUUGUUUUGAGAGGAAGAGGAAGUUUCAUUUCUUUUUUGUUUGUUUUUGUAGAUUCAGUUACAGUUAAGAGUGACUCAGUUUGGGGCAUUGAAAAUAUGUAGGAAAAACAUUGAGAAAUUUAAAAGCAAAAGUGUGUGUUAGAGUUGAGUUUUAACAGGAGAAAACAUUUUUACUUGCAUGUCGUAUAGUCAACUAUCAAAGGGUGUAUGUGUUGCUUUAGGUUUCUCCAUGCAAAUUCCAUUGUCUUUACUACAAAGUCUUCACAAUUACCAGUGGUAUUCCCUUCAUUUGUGUGAUGUUACAAAGGUUGGACAGUGUAUCCCAUAAUAGUAACAUCGAUGUCUUUGACACAGUCCCCACUGCCUUGUUGAAUCUCUCUCUGUAUUGUAUGCAUCGCCAAGUGUGAAACCAUAAUAUGUAGUUUAUUGAGAAAUGGAAGGCCACAGGUCAUUUUGCAUGAGUACAGCCCGCUGGGGCUAAAGAAACUGACCCUUUUUCCUUUUACCUGUUUUAGGUAAAUGAAAAUUACAAUGACAAACUGACUCACCACUAUUAGCUUUGUGCAAUGUUAUAAAGGCAGAAGCAAAACACUAGUGCACUGUGCUUGGCUUUACAGGAUGGCUUUCCCACCAUUACAUUAAGUGGAUUGUCUGCAUCAUACUGUAAAUGCCAUUUCUUGCAAAUUUAUAUACUUAAAUAUGCUCAGUUAACAUUCUAAAGUAUUAAAAAUACAAAGAAAAUACUAAGCAGGCAUUUAUAGCAAUACUAUGAAAUCAACAAUAAUUGUUUUGACUAUUGCCUUUGCUCUUUAGUGCAAUCUUUCUGCAUUGUAAUUGUUGUGUUGCUUUCUUUUUUUACAUUUCACAUUCCUGACUUCAGAAUUAACUACUUGCUCACCCAAAAUUGCACUCACCUUUCUCUUAUUGUACAUGCAAUGUAACACACAGUUUUGGUGCUUAACAAUAUUCUUUUUUCUUUAAUAAAGGAUAUUUAUUUGAAUUAUAA